UGAAAUAUUUUGUGUGUAAUUUUAGUGUUAAAAACAAUUCAAUAUGUCAAUCAUUGCAACGUUUGAUGAACUUGUUCAAUGUACAAAUGCUCUUGUUGAUAAUUCUUGUGAAACUGAAUUUUUAAAAUUUGUAAAAAGCCAAGAAAUAGUAAGAGAAAAAUGGCUUGCAGCUGUUGUUGAAUGUGAACAAUUGCAAAAAGCAUUGGAAAAAUCUAAAAAUGAAACAAUUGAUUUGGAAAGAAAAUUAUUUCAUGCACGUCGUCUUGUUGAUGAUGAAAAAAAAAAACGACGUAUUGUUGAAGUACAAAAAAAGGUUCUUAAAAGUAAAAUUGUCAUGGCACAUGAAUUGUUGUAUGCCAAGAGUGGAAAAAAUAUAACUGAUGAAACACGUGAAAAAUUUCAAUUUUUAAACACCGAAAUCAAUGGAAUUCAUGAUACAAUUGAAAUUGAAAUUUCCAAAGAAAGAUUGAGCCUGAUAAAUGAACUCGAGAAUAGCACUUCAUCAUUGUUAAGUAAUUCAAGUUGCUAUUUAAAAUCUGAUGAUGAUUUAGAUGCAAGUUUAUCAUUCAAUCAGAGUUAUAAAAAACGUGAAUGGAAAGAGCACAUUCCAAGUGAUAAUAAUUCUAUGAAAAAACGUAAAUUAUCAGCUUCAAAUAAUACUGAAAGUACAGUUGUUAAAACACAUGUUGAAGGACCAAAAAAAGAAACAAACAAAUCAGUUGAUGAUGUGGUAUCACUUGAAGAUAAAGGUCAGCAUAUUGAAUCAUCAUCAUGUGGAUCUGAAAAUGAUAAAAAUGAUAAUGAUGAUGUUAAUUUAUUGUCAACAGAAUCAAAGUUAGAUCCAUCUUGUCAUGCAUUAAAACCAAAAUUUAUGAGAGGACAUAAUUUUAAAACAGUUAUAUCAACUGAAAUAUGUAUACCAUGUGGAAAAAAAGUACAAUUUUUAAAAGGAGCUGUUAAAUGUAAUGAUUGUAAAACUGUUGCACAUGCAGAGUGUAAAAAUAUUGUUGCAUUACCAUGUGUACCAGUUGGUAAUGCAAUAUCAUUACGUGGUGCAAAUGGUACAAUUGCUGAUUAUACACCAUUAAUUACACCAAUGAUACCAUCACUUGUUGUUCAUUGUAUUAAUGAAAUUGAAUUACGUGGAAUGAAUGAAAAAGAUUUAUACAAUGAUAAUAACAAAACUGUCAUGACAGAUGUUAAACGUUUAAAAAAACAAUUUUUAAAAUGCAAAGGUGUACCUGAUUUAUCAAAAAUUAAUGUUACAAUAUUAUCAUCAACUGUUAGAGAAUUUUUUAAAUCACUUCGUGAACCAUUAAUAACAAUUUGUUUUGCUAUUGAUUUCGUACGUGCUAGUGAAAUGACAAAUAAAAAAAAUUCAAUUGCUGCAUUUUAUUAUGCAAUAUCUGAAAUGCCACAACCAAAUCGUGAUACACUUGCAUUUUUAAUAUUACAUUUACAACGAGUAUUGAUAAAUCAAUAUAAUAAAUUAACAAAGCAUAAAAUUGCUGAAUUAUUUGGACCAAUAUUAAUUGGAUAUAGUAAAAUAAAACAAUCAACAUUAACAUCAAAAAUGAAUGAAACUAAAACAAAGAUAUUAAUUAUUGAACAUUUAUUAAAUAUACCAUCUGACUAUUGGGCACAGUAUGUUCAAUCAAAUGACAAUGAUGAUGAUAAUGAUAUUAAAAAAAAUAAUGAAAUAACAUAUUCAACUGAGUCAUUAUUUAAACGUACAUUAUCAAAGACUUUUUUAAAUCCAUCAUCACGUAAAAAUAAUUAUACAUUUAUUAAAAAAAGUUAAAACUAAAUUUACGUGGUUAUUGUUGGAUAAUUUUUUAAUAAUAAUUAAAUUGAUAAUAAAUUU